AUGGCUUUUACUCACCACAAGCCGCUGCUUGUCCCUCUCAGGCAAAAGGCCAUUUCUUUAGCGCCUCUUGAAGAGUCUCAUUUUCAACCACCCAGCAGCAAGAGGCUCAGUCUCGAGGAGUCUGGGGGUGUCUCUGAGGCGGGGUGGCGGCUGCCAUGUGUGCCUCGCCUGUCGGAUGUGGAGAAAAACUGGGAGCUGUCGCCCAGACCUUUCAAGGGCCUCCUCUUAUCAACCAGUGCCAUUUUUGACAACUCCGCAGGUUUUUGUGAGGAGAAAUCAGUCAGUGGGAAGCAGAUACGCCUUCAGGGAAGCACAAACCGGGAAAUUCAGAAGAAUAGUGGUGGGCAGGCUCUUCCCUCAGGAAGUGCAAGCUGUGGGUUGGGGGCUUCAGGAAGGUUCGAGAGGGAACCCUGUGACCGGGAGGUGGUGGGAGAACGCUUCAAGAGCAAAGCCCAAGUGGAAGUCGGCCACCUUCUGCCUGGCGCCUCCGCCCACCAUGCACCGCGUUCGCAUGAGGGGACCAAACAGCGAUUAGUCCAAGUGGGAGACAGUAAACUAAAAAGCCAGAGUUAUCUAAGACUAACAGAAAAUCCAUUUCUAGAUGUUAGCCUUUUAAAGAAAACCAAAUCAACAUUUUAUGAAAUCAGGGACGAAUGUAGAAUUGACAGUGCUAUGUCGUCAAAUAUGAAAGGAAAUAACGUUUCAUCAUCUAUACUAAGAAUAUCAAAAUCCCCAAACCAGUCCAGCUCAGAAAUUGCUAAACCAAGCUAUUUUAGAGAUAGCAACACAAUGAGAAUCCCUAAUUUUCCUACCGUUUUAAAUAGCAAAAUGUCCUUUGUCUAUUUAAAGGAAAUGGGAGAGAAAAAGAAUGACAAAUUUGAGGCAUAUGUUAGGGAUUUCAUAAACAUUUACUGGUCCCAGAAUAGACCUGAUGUUAAGAAGCAAAAGUUACAAGAUGAUAGAAAAGUUGUAGAUAGGAAAUACAUUUUCUCUGAGUCUUCUGAAAGUAACCACCAGUCACUCAGCAACCAAAAUAAUUCUGAGGGAAAAAAAGACUUGAUCAGCUUAAACUACUCUAAUCACAGAAGUAUCAAAUGUGACGUAAGAGAUUUUAAAAAGAACUUCAGUGUAAUACUAGAAAAUUUAAAUCUGAAAGAAGCACCAACACACGUAGGUGCUUACUUCCUUACCAAGUUGGAGGCAGCUCCAGUCUGGGACUGUCUGAUUAGACCUAGUUUGAAAAGAAAUAGCAAAAAUUGGGGGAUUAUAAACAACCGCAAAAAACCAGUGAAAACACCUGGGCAAAACUUGAGUUCACAGAACUUAUUAAAAAUGAAUCUUUUAAGCAAGAGAGAGUAUUCCAACACAAAAGUCAUGAAUGUUUGUGAAAAACAAUCAAAACCUUUCAUGCUAGGAAUCCUGGGUGCACAGAGAAGUUUACUGAAAGCUCUUUGGUUAAAUGGUAAAGGAGACAUUGCUAAUAUGGCACAGUGGAGAUGUUGUAUUACACGAAAAUACUUUCAGUCAAGCAAUGCUUUUGAAAGCAUUAUCCUAGAAAUGCUUAAUUUUCAUGAAAAUAUUUCCAGAAUUAAAAGAGAUAAUAGAAUUUUGACCUGGUCUAGCAUUUUGAAGUGCAAAAAGCAAACUGCUCUUCAAAAUCUAAAAGCUAGGGAUGCGAAAAGCAAGAGACAGCUGCGCAUUUUAAGCGUAUAUUUACAAACCAUUUCAGAAUUUUUGAAGAUAUUAAUGAAAACCAAUAUGCCUUUGAUUAAAUACUUUGACUAUUUAAUAGAACUUGAAAAUGGUUCUAAAUUAGAAAAGGGAUGUCUUUUCAAAUACAGGCUUUUUUGGAAUUAUCUUAAAAAUGUGAUAUUGGAAAGGCAUGUAGUAGCUCCAGUUAACAUUUUAACGUAUUCAAGACUAUUAGAAGAUAAUGCAAAACUCGUCAUAAAGAAAAGAAAGUUAUUUAAAAUUGAAAAUAUUGUUGAAAGAUCUAUGGAAAAAAACACUAAUUCUUUUAGUACAACUAAAAAUGCAUGUUUUCCAAGUUUUGAAAUGUAUGAACAGAAUUCUCUAGAGGACUUUGAUGACAACAAAGUGAUUUCUUUGACAAAAGAAAUUAGUUAUAAGAAUGUGAAUGUAGAUAAUUUGGCUCUCUAUAGUUCUAGUACAGUUAAAGCACGUAUAAAAUCAGAUUCACAAUUUAUAUGGAACAACCUGGGUUGCGUAAAUGAAAAAUAUUAUGACAUAAAUUUGCACAACCAGGAGUUAGACAGAGAAGGAAAGCAGGAAUCAAAAAAAAUCAGUAAGUUCAAUUCUAAGUGGGCACUGGAAGGUUUUUACAAUGUUAAUCAAGGGGUUGUGCCAGCAAGCCAUGGCACAACAUGUGUUGAUCAGACCAAUGAUGCGACUGUAACUCGGGUGCUGAUUUUUGGGAAAUUGCUAAGUGCAAAAGAGGGAAAAAAAUAUGAUUUAGUUUUAGAGGAGGACGCAAAAGUCAGAGCACAAGAUUUAGCAAGUAGUUUACAAGUUCAUGAAGAUAUUCAUGUAGAAAAGGAGGAGAAAUAUAACUUUCCAAAUGAUGGCAUGCUUUCCCUGCAGACCUUUUUAUUAAAAGGUGCAAAAAUAGAGGAAACCAAAUCUGUCCAAAAUAAUACAAUGGACACAAAUGAAUAUGAAAGUAUUUUGGAAGAAAGUGACCUAACUAACUCAGAUCAGUUUCAUCUAAAAAAUAACUCCACAUUGUCUGGGAAUCAUCAGUUUGAAACUGACUGCAGCUCGGGGAACAAGGAAUGCUUUCAGGACUGGCCUGCUCCCUGUUUAUCUACAGAAUCGCUGACGAUGGCGAAGGAUUUGGACAUGAAGAGUAAAUUUGAUUUAGUUCUUAAAGAACUUCAUAUGUUUCAUGAAAUUAGUAGGGAAAAUGAAGCUCUAAGCUCUGUUGAAACAAACAGGGGACAAGGAAGUUACUUUGGAGAAAGUAAUGAUGCAGAUAUACAGAUAAAUAUGACAGAAGACUUGAAAAUGGCGACCAUCAACAAGACGUGCACGUCUUCGCUCUGUGAUGCCGUAGCGGGUCUUAAAGUACAUAAACGACACCAGAGUUCAUUUAAAUGGAAAACGGAACUGGAUGAGGCAGAACAGGAAGUCCCUGAUGGGCAUUCCUGUCCUGGCUCCUUGGAGGAAGGAUUCCUCUGCUCUACUUCUGAGAAAGUUUCAGAUUGUGAAAGAAUUGCAUCUGAAGGACCUGCCUUUUUUCCUGAUGAAUGUAGCGAAGAAAAGCUGAAUUGUUCUUCCAGGGGAGAUAGUCGUUUUUCCCAUGGCAUUUCAAGAGUAAAACCUCUUCUGACGUGCAGCCGACCGAUCCGGAUUGGCUUGUCAAGAAAAGCCAGACUCAAACGUCUGCAUCCCUACCUGCAAUAG